CGCAAGUGCCUGUGCGGGCCGUGUCGCCGCGCAGGGCGUGGGGCGGCGGUUCGGUGCGGCCGGAGCGGCGCGGGGGAGAGGGGAAGAAGGAGCAGGGGCUGUCGUGGCAACAGGCGUUUGCCUGGGCCAGCCCUGCCGGGCUAAGGUCCCCUUAGGCAGCCCGUCGCCCAUGGCAACCCGAGAAGCCGCGGCGCGGCCCGGGGCGGGUCAGGGUCAGGGUCCAAGGGCCGCCCCGGAGCCAUGGCCGCGGAGGUCGUGGUCGUGGGAUCCUGUAUGACCGACCUGGUCAGCCUUACUACUCGAUUGCCAAAAGCUGGAGAAACUGUCCUUGGACAUAAGUUUUUCGUUGGUUUUGGUGGGAAAGGAGCCAACCAGUGUGUCCAGUCUGCUCGACUUGGGGCCAAGACCUCGCUGAUUUGCAAGGUUGGGAAGGAUUCCUUUGGCAAUGAUUAUGUUGAUAAUUUGAAGAAGAAUGGUAUUUCUACAGCAUUUGUAGGUCAAACUACAGAUGCUGCUACUGGAACUGCUUCAAUAAUUGUCAACAGUGAAGGACAGAAUGUUAUUGUCAUAGUCCCAGGAGCCAACCUGCUUUUAAAUUCUGAAGAUCUGAAGAGGGCUUCUGAUGUCAUCUGUAAAGCCAAAGUGGUUGUUUGCCAGCUAGAAAUAACCCCUGCUGUUUCUCUUGAAGCUCUGAAGAUGGCACGUGCCAGUGGAGUAAAGACAUUGUUUAAUCCAGCUCCAGCCCUUCCUGACCUAGAUCCACAGUUUUAUACCUAUUCUGAUAUCUUCUGCUGCAAUGAAACUGAGGCAGAAAUUUUAACGGGCAUCCCAGUUGGCAACCUGGAAGAUGCUGAAAAGGUGGGACGCAUGCUGUUAGAAAGAGGGUGUAAGCUCGUAAUCGUUACUCUUGGAGCAGAAGGCUGCAUGAUGAUAUCAGGAGACGAAACCAUUCCAAAGCACGUUCCUGCUGGGAAGGUCAGGGCUGUGGACACUACGGGYGCUGGAGACAGUUUUGUGGGAGCACUGGCCUUCUACCUGGCUUACUAUCCCCAGUUAUCCAUGGAGGAAAUGAUCAGGAAGUCUAACUGCGUCGCAUCAGUGAGCGUCCAGGCACCGGGGACACAAUCUUCAUAUCCUUACAGGAAGGACUUGCCUCAGGACCUUUUCUAAUUGAUUGUCUAGCUCACUGUACCGAUGUUAUCUCAUACCAGACAGCAUUUUUCUCCUAACAGCACUGAGGGUCUCCUCUGCUGACUGGAAAGGCCAGGAGAGUCUCUUUGCUUCUUAUUUCAGGAAUCCUGUGUGUUCCUGUCGUGCAGCAGUAAGAUGGGGUGGGGGUGGUGGGUCUUUCAAACACAGCACAGCAGGUCUCUCUGGCCCCACACAGCCCUUGGGCUUGUGGCUGUCCCACACAGUGCGCUCUACUGAACUACACCAGGUUUACAGUAAAACACCUGGAGAGUAUUGGGCUCCUGGCAGUAUUUUUACUUGAUUUUAUCAGAACUUCUSAUGUAAAAUGGCAGCACAAGAAGCAGAGCACUAGCUUUGAAACUGCAACUUCAGUGCUCAAACACCAAGGCCAGUGUUUGGCUCACAACAAAUCCYUGUAUAUCCAGCCUGUGCCCACGUGAGUCAGGCAUGGCACUGCACUCCAUGCUGCCCCACACUGCARAUAGGACAAGAGUGCUACUGAACUAGACUUUGAAAAAUGUUUCCAGCCAUAUUGCUCUAAACACAGGCCAGCUAAUUAAGGGGGAAAAAGCUUCUAAAAACAUCAGGGAACUACAGCUUUCUUCAUGUUUGACAAAAACCCAAGAGUAAAAAAAUCCAUCCUACUAACCUGGCUGAAAAUAAUACAGCCCUUUAAGCCAUGGUAACAGCUUAUCUGAAAACUCAUCUAGGUUCCCAAUGCUUCUUUCUUCAGAAGGAGCUGGUGCAACAUUACCCUUCCAAGUAAUGACACCAGCUUGUGGUCACUACUGUCGCAUCUGUGGCUGGUAGGUUAGAAAAACUUGCAAUACUGCCAUUGAAUUCCUGCUGUGGAAAAUGUUAAUUUUUAUUGCUUUAUAAAACAAUAGUU